UUUGGACGCUGUGGCAGCACUUCAACCUCAACGAUUUCUAUGUGCAGGUCAGUACGGCGACCUCGCUAAGGGACCUGCGACAUGUCGAUGUCCUGGAUGAGCAGAAGGACGCACCACCGCCGAAGAGUUUCCAUGCCAACAACUCCACCAUUGGGACACGUCCUUUCUACUCCCCAUGUUGUCCUACAAAAUGGGAAUCCUCUUCCUGGAAUUCAGCAGCGACUGUGCACUCAAUCUACUUCGUUGGUCUGCCGCCUCGGAGCACAAUUACUUCACCACCAAUCGGUUCUGGCUGCUCCUUACCGAGGAUCUAGCAGAGAUCGAUUUGCUAGAGGAUCCCGAAAUAUUUAUUCCUCCGGACAGUGAGUUAAGGGUGCUUCACUAUGAAAACGAAGGCAACUUCUCGUCCAGCCUGAUCGAUCUCUACAAAGUGGCUGCUUGGAAACCUUUAAAGAAAACUUUGGUGGGACAUAAUAUUCGGAAUCCGAGGCACAUGGUUCACGCCCUGCAGCGCUUUGGAUCGGCCAUAACUUAUCGGCAAAAUCUGGAAGGGAUUGUCUUCAACUCGGCCAUAGUUAUUGCCUUUCCAGAUCUUUUUACAACAAUCGAAGAUUUGUCGCUGAGGCACAUUGAUACCAUAUCAAAGGUUAAUCAUCGCUUGAUGCUGGAACUGGCCAAUCGCCUGAAUAUGAGGUAUGGCAAGAACUUCUUGGUAUAUUCAUAUUUUAGAUGAGAAAUUGAAAUGUACAUAUGUUUGUAUUUUGGGGAUCAACUCUUUCUUUGAGAUCUUCAAAUGAGAUCUAUUUUACAUUAUCAAAUUGUCAUAACUAAUCUUGGGUCAGAUGUGGUUAAAGACUUGCUUGGUAAUUAAGCUGACAAAGCCUUUUCUAAAAGGACUGUUUAUUCGGAAGA